GUUGCAGUGUAGCUAAUGUGAAUGCAGACGGAGCAGCUGAGGAUGGAGCAGAGAGGGAGAAACACCGCUGUCUCACAUUGCGGUCAGACACCUCUGAAAUAUCCCUUCAGCCAAUAAGGACCUCGGUUUAAUUUACACACAGACUGCAGGCUUCUUUUUUAUUAAUAUUUCUGUGCAUUCAUUUCACCGCUGACAUCUGCGCUCGAGUCCACUUCACCCGUCUGUCAGUCAACACACCGGCUACGACUGUCUGUCAGCGGGGAAAAGCAAAAGACAAAAAAAAAACACCCUACAAAAUACAUUUAAGGCGAGCUUCAAGACGGACACACCUUCUCCUGGACUGCCCUGUCACUGCUUCAAUCGAUAUGGAUGAAGACAAUCAUGUUCCUGAGGAUCUGUCCCUGGAGGAGAGGGAUGAGCUGUCAAACAUCCGACGCAGGAAGAGAGAGCUGCUCGAUGAUAUUGAGAGGUUGAAGUUUGAGAUAGCAGAGGUCAUGACGGAGAUCGAGCAGCUGACGUGUGUUGGAGAAAGUAAAACAUCCCAGAGAAACAAACAGAUCGCCAUGGGCAGGAAAAAAUUCAACAUGGAUCCAAAGAAGGGAAUCCAGUUCCUGCUGGAGAACGACCUCCUUCAGCACACUCCCGAAGACAUCGCACAGUUCCUCUACAAAGGCGAAGGCCUCAACAAGACCGUCAUUGGAGACUACUUGGGCGAACGGGAUGAUUUCAACAUAAAGGUGCUGCAGGCUUUCGUGGAGCUGCAUGAAUUUGCUGACCUCAACCUGGUCCAAGCACUACGGCAGUUCCUGUGGAGUUUCCGUUUGCCAGGUGAAGCCCAAAAAAUCGACCGUAUGAUGGAGGCGUUUGCCUCGAGGUACUGCCAGUGCAACCCUGGAGUCUUCCAGUCAACAGACACCUGCUACGUGUUGUCAUUUGCCAUCAUCAUGCUGAACACCAGCCUACAUAACCCUAAUGUCAGAGACAAGCCCCCAGUGGAGCGCUUUAUCUCCAUGAACAGAGGCAUCAACGAAGGAGGAGAUCUGCCAGAGGAGCUUCUCAGGAACCUUUACGACAGCAUCAAAAACGAGCCCUUCAAAAUCCCAGAGGAUGAUGGGAAUGAUCUGACGCACACAUUCUUCAACCCCGACAGAGAAGGCUGGCUCCUGAAGCUCGGCGGCAGGGUGAAGACGUGGAAGAGACGGUGGUUCAUUCUGACCGACAACUGCCUCUAUUACUUUGAAUACACAACAGAUAAAGAGCCUCGUGGGAUUAUUCCUCUGGAGAACCUCAGUAUCAGAGAGGUGGAUGAGCCUAGGAAACCUAACUGCUUCGAGCUCUACAACCCCAACCACAAAGGUCAGGUGAUCAAGGCCUGCAAGACAGAGGCGGAUGGGCGAGUGGUCGAGGGCAACCACGUAGUGUACAGGAUAUCGGCCCCCACGCCGGAGGAGAAGGAGGAGUGGAUCAAAUCCAUCAAAGCAAGCAUCAGCAGAGAUCCUUUCUACGACAUGUUGGCCACCAGGAAGCGAAGGAUAGCCAAUAAGAAAUGAUGACCGCCCACCUUCAACCACACCUGCAUCGCCACCAUGUCUAUGACCAGCAGAGUCCUCGUGUGUGUAUGUGUGUGACUCUGUGUGUGUGUGUGUGUGUGUUAUAGAGGUCAUGAAGGCCUCCCAUUUGUUCUGUCAGGGCUGGAGGACGAGCAGCAGACAGAGGUGCAGGAGGAGUUUUACAGACUGAAACGGAUCAAGUGACCUCCCAACUGAAGAUUUUCUGCGCCUCGGUUCAUGGUUGACGCGACUGUGAAGGUUUUAGUUAAACCGGCACUGUCGUGUGCCGUUUGGGGGAGAAUAGGGUGCAAAAUCUUUACCAAGCUGGAUGGAUGGAAAGAGGAUGACAGCCAUGUGGAAAUCUUUGCAUAUUGUAGCUGUGACAAGCUCGCCCUCUGCUGGAUACAUAAGGAACUAAAGCUACCGUACUACACAGGCGCAGCUUGACCAACCUUUCGUCGUAUGACAUCUGAACCAGCUCGCCUGGUUGGUUGAUGGCUGUCUGCCAAGAACACUCCCAGGAGCCAGUCAAUAUUUUAUGUUCACCUCAUAUGUCCUUCGACAACUGCCAACACCAACAACGUUUUGUAGUAUCCUUCAGAGAGACCUACAAGAGAGCCUCAAGCUUAUAAAUCAGCUGGUCUGAUUGUUAGCCCUCAAGUAAACUAUCUGUAUAUGCAAACACUUGAAAAUGAUUUAUUCUAGAAAAACAUAAGCUCAUAUACUUUCUCAUUUACAGUAAGCUCCCUUAUUUUUUCUUUGUAGACUAAUAAAUUGACGCAGGUUUAAGGGAUUUUAAUGACCACGGUUCCAAACGAUCAUGUCGUGUAUUGAAGAUCCACCUCUGUGAUCAAUUUCAUUUUUGUAUUUAUUUUCUUAAUUUGUUUAACAAAAAGAGGCAGCCCCCCCCACCACCCCACCCCAAUUUACAUUAUGCAUGUAUAGUAUAUAAUGUACAUACUGUUUUUUUUUUUCUUUGUUGUGUUUAUGUAGCAUGUAAAUCAUAAUGGCCGUAGCCUAUACCCGUUCACCUUUUUAGUUCAACAGCUAACAGUUUACAAUAGUGGAAGAGGGACUUUGUGCAGCUCAUUUCAGAGCAGUGAAACCUCCUCGCACUGUUAUUACUAAAGAUCAGAUAAUACAUGAUGCUAUAUGAUAAAGGAAUGCUCACUAUGCUGAGUUGGACAUAAAGAGAGUAAAAGGACAUGAACGGGUUCAAAAUAUCCUUGAAUACCGCGUGGAUGCUGACUGGAAUAUAAGAACAGUUUUCCCCAAAACAGAUCAAGCCAACGCACGGCUCAUCUUUCGAUAGCAGAUGAAGUUUUGAGUUUUCGAACGAGGCCUGAUGUGAGUUUGGGAAAACUGCUCCUGAAUACUUUGAUGAAUUACUUUGAAUAAAAAUACAUGCUGAUCAGAAAACAAGUCUUUGUGUGCAUGUGAGCUCAACUUACCAGGGUCUUUGGUUAUUUCAAACAUGGAAACGGAGAAUAAAAUAUCGAGUCUGCUGACUCAGAUAGCUAGAAAAGUGUGUGUAUUUAACAAAACCUGAAUACAGAAGAGUGCUAUUAGUUUUCAUCCUCACUGUAUAAUGUAUCUACAUCAUAAUUUAACCGUAGUGGAAAGUUUGUUCAACAAGAGGCUCGAGUACAAUCAAUCUAUUCCUAGUAUAUGAUACAAAGGCAGACAAAAAAACAAACAAAAAAAAAAUCC